AUGUUCCACUGCUCACUACUUAGUCCAUUUAACCCAGUCUUGACUGCAUCGAUUGAUUUGCCUUGUGCAGAGACUUUGGCUAGGUUGUGGAACGUCUUAUCUCCGUUCCACCUCCAAACCCACUUCCAAGAGAACGUUUUCUUCGACGGCGCUGCUGCCGAACUCUCGUCCAAGCGUGCUGUCCUUUGCCUCCGCUUCUACAACAGCGACAACCGUUGCAUCGUUUCUCUUAAAGCUAAAGCCGUUAUUGUCAACGGCAUCAGCCGCGUCGAAGAGGAUGAAGAAGAGAUUGACCAGAGUGCUGUCCUCACUGUUCUAUGAGAGGAGACGUUGAAAGUAGAAAAACGACUUCCGCCGUUGUAUUGUCGAUUCGUCGGUCAAUUUUGGAGCGGCAGGGGGUUGGAAGCAAGCAAAUCACCGAAAAUAAUCGUCCCUUGCCGCGUAGUUGACGACGACCCGAAAUCACAAGAACCGAAUGGUUUCGGCAAGUUUUGAGCGAAAGACGAGAAGAUAACCGAACACGAUAGAAGUCAAGGUCGAAGACAAGAAAGAACUAGAAGAAGCCCGCAAGCGUGCCAGACUCUCGCUCCUGUUUCGUGGCUCUGAUACCAUGUAAA